AAUACAAUCAAGUAAGAAGUCAUUUUUGCAGUGAACCCACAACAAUAAAAAGAAGAAAACUUUCAAAAAAAAAAAAUUUCCCCAUUUUUUAUUCAUAGAUAACAACAAAUGAGAUUUUUAUGAUAUUUUGACCAUUUAACUAGGAAAUGUCCCCGGUUUUCAUUUAAAAAAUCUGGUCACCUUAGCUAACAAGCCAAAAAAAACAGAAAUAAGUUUUUAUAAGCUGUCGACCUCAAAAAACGAGCGUUUAAAGACAACAAAAGUGAAAACAGGCAACUUUUCAUACAGUACUCAUAUUACUAGAACAGCGUUCACUAGGGGGAAACGUAGUCGGCGAUCCACUUUUUUCUCCUUAAAGGCUGGGUUUUACGGCUCGACAGCUUAUAAAAACUUAUUUCUGGGUUUUUUGGCUUGUUAGCUCUACAUAUUGUCACACAGCAGCUUUUAUACAUUAUUCUGUUUUUGUUAUAAACCAGAAAUGACAAGGAGGCAGCCUCUCGCAAUACAAAGUCAAUGGAGGGUUUGGAUUGUUUUCCCCCCCGGUGGGCGUGGUUUUCAUGCUGCGCUCUGACUUUGUUUACCACCGAAAUAACUGUGAAGAUGUUAUAUUAAGGAAUGGCAAGCUACGAUCUAACCACAGACAAUUAUGUAACUCCGUUUAAUUACGAUUAUGACUCGACCGACAGCACAAUUGAACCUGACAUUGUUGAGCUAUGUGAAGCCAGCGAAAAGCAAGAGUUGACAAUCAGGAUUGUCCAAACAACAGUCUUCGUCAUCGUUUUCCUUAUAGGCAUAGUUGGAAACGGGCUGGUCAUUGCCACCUCCGCGCUGUACCGCCGUCUUCGUUGCAUGACCGACAUUUUCCUUUUCUACCUCGCUCUGUCUGAUAUGUUGCUCCUGUUGACUUUGCCACUGCAGACAGGCGAAACUCUGAUGGGCAGCUGGGAGUUUGGCGAGGGGCUCUGUAAGCUAAACCAUGGCAUGGAUGCCAUUAACACCUACAGCGGCCUGCUGCUUUUGGCAUGCAUUAGUGUGGACCGCUAUUUGGUGGUGGUUCGCACCAGGGCCGUGCGAAGGGUGAAUUCUGGGGUGCUGUCUGCGAUUGGGGUUGCACUCACUUCUAUCGUGCUGAGCCUGCCGGACUUGCUCUUCUCAUCUGUAAGCAAAGAUAUGGGUACGAAUAACUCCUUGUGUGACAUGACCGUGUGGGAAGAUGAAGGAAGUAAAUGGAAGCUAUGGGCCCAAGUGGCAAAAAUUGCAGGGAUUUGUAUUCCCUGCGUGGCAAUGGUAGUUUGUUACGGUGCAAUAGGCCGUGUGUUGGUCCGUGCCGGCGGGCAAGGCUGGCGUAGACAGAGAACUCUUCGCCUGAUGGCAUUGCUCGUGGCACUGUUCCUGCUGUUUCCGUUACCGUACACCAUUGUGCUUUUAGUCAAAAUAUUCAAGACAUCACUAACCUGUGACGAAUUUACCACAUUCCAACUUGAGGAAAACAUCACGCUGAGCCUAGCCUACGUACGUUGCUGUCUGAAUCCUCUGCUUUACGCUCUGGUUGGUGUGAGGUUCAGAAAUGACAUUGCAAGAUUGUUGACGGAUACCGGGUGCAUGUGCCUGUCACAUCUAACACCACCUUAUGAGAAUGGCAGCUCGGUUACGCCCUCCUCACCUGCUCCGUCCACUGUAACGCACCAGUCCUCCGUCUACCUGGCUGCUUAAACCACACCUGCAAAACUGGCAAAUACCACCCAAACCUAAAUUUUUCCUGAGCCUGUAUCUAAAAUAAAUUCAUUAUUAUUCAUUAUUAGAGACAUAACUGCAUUUGAUAGAUUUAAAAGCAUAUUUUUAUUUUUAAAGAGUGUGCCAUGUAUGCUUCUUGGUAAUGUUUCGGUAGUUUUGUAAUAUUUUUUUUCUUCCUAUUUUUAGUAUAAUGACAAAAAAUGUUUUGGUACAAAAAUAAUAAAAAAAACAAAUAAUUAUUUUAUAAAAUACUUUCUUGCUGUACAGAAUAUAUCUCACUGUUGUUAUUUUGUAUUUUACAGCUUAACAUGCUUGCAAGACAUGCAUUUUUUUCUUUCUUUAAUUUCCUUUAUUUUCAAAUAAGCACCAAGUUUUUUUAUAGAAAAAUGCAAAUAAAAGUCAGUCUGAACUUAAGUAGUCUUGUAUAUUUGAACAGGAACAUCUUAAAGGGAUAGUUCACCCAAAAAUGAAUAUUCUGUCAUCUACUCACAUUUACAUGUAGGCAUUUAGUAGAUGCUUUUAUCCAAAGCGACUAACAAAGAUUAGAAAACAAUAAAGCGAUAUGUUAUAGGGAGGCAAUAUACAAAAGGGACUUAUACCAAGUUUUCACUAUUCCAACACAAUACUUGUUGAGAGAAGAAGAAAGAGUUAGUAUGAUUUUUUUGUCUUAUUCUUCUUC